AUGCUCGCUGCGGGGGUCGGAGGUCAGGGCGAGCGUCUCGCGGGCCGAAGAAGGAAGAUGGCGGUGGAAUCGCGCGUAACCCAGGAGGAAAUUAAGAAAGAGCCAGAGAAGCCAAUUGACCGCGAGAAGACAUGCCCGCUGCUGUUGCGAGUCUUCACCACCAAUAACGGCCGCCACCACCGAAUGGAUGAAUUCUCCCGCGGAAACGUACCCUCCAGCGAGCUGCAGAUCUAUACUUGGAUGGAUGCAACUUUGAAAGAACUAACUAGUUUAGUAAAAGAAGUUUACCCAGAAGCUAGAAAGAAGGGAACACACUUCAAUUUUGCAAUUGUUUUUAUGGAUCUUAAAAGACCUGGCUAUCGAGUUAAGGAGAUUGGCAGCACCAUGUCUGGCAGAAAGGGGACUGACGAUUCCAUGACCUUGCAGUCGCAGAAGUUCCAGAUAGGCGAUUAUUUGGACAUAGCCAUUACCCCUCCAAAUCGAGCACSGCCUCCUUCAGGGCGUAUGAGACCAUAUUAAAUUACAUUUACUAUCUCUCAAAUUUAUUUUUCAGCCAGUUAUGUAAAAUAAACUUACAUACUCUUUCCUCCCCUGAUUUUUGCCAUUAAGCCUUUAAAUUCUAAACAAAUUGUAAUGCAUCUAUUUAGGAGUUAGAUUUGGAUAUACUAUGGGUAUAGAUAUUAAUAGAAAGUCUGUAUGUUUCACGCCUCUGUAAAAUAUGAAGAAAAGUGCUCUUAGCAUUAUGUGUACAACUGUWAAAUAUAUAUGUACAAUCAGUCUGAAUGUGAAAGUCAAUGGAGGCAUGGGAAUAGGGUUUCAUCUCUUAUGAAGUUUAUACAAAGUAGUGCAGGCGGCUCUUCCCAAAGGUGAAGAAUAAAAAUACUGAGAUUAUGAAAUUUAGCAUGAGUUUGGGCUGUAGACUAGAGUAUGCAGUUAGAAAAAUGACCUAWGACAAUGAGGCAGCAGAGGCUUUUUGGAAUGGUAUGAGCUUCAGCAAGUUGAAGGAAUUGUGUUGGAAGACAUGGCCUGCCUUGGUUUGGGUGCUAAAGAAUAGUGUUAUGGUGAGGAUUUAUAUGCUUUAAAAUGGAGGCUAGGACAUUUUGAAGGCAGGAGCCAAUAUCUUUAAGAUCUGAAAAACUGAGAAAGGGACAAAAAAAGAACCUCUUACACAUCCUGUGCUGGGGGUUAGUGUAUGAUUUGAGAGGCAUUAUAACACAGUGAUUAAGACCAAUGUACAAAGCAUUGAAAUUCUGAUUGUACCAGUAGCUCUGCAACCUUAGAUGAAUUACUUGAGUCAAGUGGGGGGGGGCAGCUGGUGGUGGUUUUCAAUGGAGACACUAGUCUAUAGGGUUAUGAAAGUUAAAAAAAGACCUAGGAUAGUGGUUGGUGGAUUAGAAACAAUAAAUACUGGUUAUUAGCCAGAAAAAAAAGAACUUAGUUAAAACUGGAAAAUUAUCUUAAUGCAUUGUUUCUCAUUUUGAAGUUUAUGAACUAGAUAAAAAUGUGUAGAAAGCCUAGUUAUUUUUAGUCUGACAGUAGAAAAUUGAAAUCCCCAAAUGAUAAAAGUGCUAAAAAUGUGCAAGUAGUCUCAGUAAAGUGAGUUUUAUCUUGUGCAUACAAAAUAGUCAUUUAAAAUCUGAUUCUGUCAGAUUGGUGUCCCUGUUACAGUGAGUCCAGAAUUUCAGAUGACUAGAUCUUAGUGGUUYUUUGYUGUAGCUUACUCCAAACCCUUAGCUUAUAUAUUCAUUCAGRCUAGAUGGACCUGAGUUACUAACCUUUUGGAGAAUAGCCAUGAUUAUCUUCCUGUUUSUGGGACAUGAAARGGGGGAUGAUUUACUAUUUAGAUCCAAAGGGUGGGAACCACAUUAAGGACCUUCAGAAGCCAAUUUUUUCAUAUGGUGUGAUCUCUUAUCUUACAAGGGCUCUCCUGUUAAUUCAUGUUAUUUUCUCACUAGUUUUAAAAUAAAGUGGUUUAGCUGGUUUGCCCAAUUCUA